CGGCGGCCCGAGCGCGUGUUUGGCGGCGGCGGCGGCGGCGGCGGCGGCGGUGGUGGUGCGAGGCGCUGUGCGGAGCGUUGCGGGCGCGGGCAGCAUGAAGCUCGUCAGGUUUUUGAUGAAAUUGAGUCAUGAAACUGUAACCAUUGAACUGAAGAAUGGAACGCAGGUCCAUGGAACAAUCACAGGUGUAGACGUCAGCAUGAACACUCAUCUUAAAGCUGUGAAAAUGACACUGAAAAACAGAGAACCAGUUCAACUGGAGACUUUAAGCAUUCGAGGGAAUAACAUCCGCUACUUCAUUCUGCCGGACAGCUUACCUCUGGAUACCCUCCUCGUAGAUGUCGAACCCAAAGUGAAGUCCAAGAAGAGGGAAGCGGUGGCGGGAAGAGGUCGCGGUCGCGGUCGAGGCCGGGGCCGGGGCCGAGGCCGAGGAAGAGGAGGUCCCAGGCGGUAAACUCACCCAAGAACGCUUGUUACAAAAUGGCCAGAAGUCAGGAUAUUUUUUGUACAGGUUUUGUUUACGAUGUCAAUUUUUAAUAAACACAGAGGUUUGGAAAAGUUGUUCGGUAGAUCACGUUAGCGUCUUAGCCUACCCGUGUGUAUUCGUUUCAAUCCCCAAGUGGAAAAGUAGACUAUUACUACAAGCCGACCUGAAAUUAGAAUGGAAAUAGCGUAUUCUAGCAUCCCCCACCCCCCCACCUUUUAUUAGCUAAAGUGGUGGUGAAAAACCUUCCAUUGUGAAAAUUUUCAAUGAUUAAGUCCCUUCCCUUUUGAAUGUCAUAAGGAGACCAGUGUCUUCUGCGUGGGGCUUGAUGCCCAUAUGAAUUUUAACAGAAGACUCUUUUUUGAAAAAUGGAGUUUGCCCAAUUUUCAAAAGUGCCCACAACCCAGGAGUAUUCUGCUAUCAAGUCAAAAAUCCUCAUUAAUACUGUGAAAGAUGUCAUGUAAUGCUGUUAGUGACUUUUUAUCAAGCGUGUUGGCUGUAACUUUUUUAGAAGUUGGUUUUUCUCCUAAUUCUCAGUUUUUUACUCUUUUAAUUUUGUUAAACAGGAAAAAUUGCCGUAUUUUCUUUUAGUACGCAGAAUUUUUAAUCAGAGCUGUACUUUCUGUUGUAGCUCUGAAGUAGGAAAAAAGGCUAAGUGUUUAAUUCUGUAAAAGCAGAUACAGACCAGGUCUACAUUGUUUAAACAUUUGAUUGUAUUUUACAAUUUAAAGAAAAAGGAUCUUCCGGAUUUGUUUUUAGAAGGACUUAAUUAUUGUGGUAACUUGGAGAGGGUUGAAAUAAUUGUUGGAAAUCAAGGGACAGGAAUUACGCCAGCCAGGCACCCGGUUCAGUUACUGAUUUUUUUUUUAAAAAAAUUUUCUUUGAAAUGCUCUCCUUUGUUUCCCCAAGGAUUAAGUAGAGGGCCGUGUUCCUCUGAGAACAUUACUUGAACCGGGAAUUAAAAGCAUUUAGGAUUUUUUGGGGGUAGCCGUAAAACCAAAUACUCCAUAUUUAAAACCCGUACUCGUUUUAACUACUUGGAGAAGUGAGAACUCUGAUGCCACAGUCGAUGGGUCCUUUUCUCAAUUCCGAAAAUCCAUAAAAGAGUCGCCAAUAUCCAGGAACUGCCGGUAUAUCAUCUGAAUAAGCUUCUGCCACGUGUUAUGGAAAGCAAAAAACGAGGCAGCUGGUUAAAAACCUCCCUUAGACUGAAUGAAUGAUAAAGCGCUCGGCCAAGCAAACUAGGCUAACUGGUCUGAUGGAUCAUUUUGAGUUCUGUUCGCUCUCUUCUGAUGUCGGGUUCCAUCUUUUUGAAGGCAGUUUUCCGUAAAAAGAUUUAAAAGAGUAAACACGUUGGCACUAACACAUUUUCACCGAGACCAAACCCCUUCCCUGUCCAGUCGGGUGUGAGGUAAAGGAGACCUCCCCCAGGCAACAGCUAUGUGAAAUUAAGGUGUAAGAACAUCUGGUACCCCUUUUAUUCUUAUGUUGGAGCUACUGUCUGUGAAAUUGAAACUUUUUACAUAAUUUGGGUUUGCUUCCAUUAAAAAGACAUUGAAUUUUUAUUUCAAAA